CUUGUGCUCAAUAUGCGAAAGAGCUCAGGGAGGCUCUGCCUGUUCCGUUGAAUUCAGACUCACUGUCAUUUUAACUUCCUUCCUGCCUUUUGUACAUUAAACAAACAUACGGCUCUGACGCGAGGUGUCGAACAGCUCAUGUGGUACACAGUAACACAGUUACAUUGGUUUAAAUGGGCGAAAGAACUCUUGGAAUGUAACAGCAGCUGAGCAGUUAAAGUUAUUAUUCUGCUACGUGUUCCGAAUCCACGAGUCCGUGCUUCAGCGACAGUUUAAACAACAGCGUCUGCAACAAGGAGAGAGACUUGUAAGUAAGCAUCCGACUCUGGUGUGACAUUCUGUAAAAGUUUAGAAACAUCUACAUGAAGGAGGAGACCUAAAACAAGUCAGAAUGAACCAACUUGUCUUAACGAAGUGUAUUGAGAGUAUUGCAGAGAUCUGUAAUAAUCCCUCCGCUAAAGCAUGGACAAGUAGUGGAUAUAAUAUGUGAAUAAGAAAGGAGUCUGUAUUUUAUUCUACGUGUCAACUUUCCUUGGUUCCUCCUAACAAUGGUUGGCUCCAAAGCCCAGUGGACUUUGGAUGAGUAGACCUAAAUGGGAGCAAAAACGGACAGAGUCAGCCUGCCACUAUGGCAGCUUAUGCUCUGAACAGCCUGAUAAUGAUGAACCCCAACAACCUGACCAAUAAGAGCAGCCCUCGGACAGGAAGGCCUGUGCUCGCAGUGCCCAGUCGUUCUACAUUUAGCCCCGUGCUGGGGGGCAGCGGAGGUCCCUAUAGCCCUGGUAGCCUGAGCCCUGGGUCAGCAGGAAAAUCUUUCGUCUUCCCAACAGGUACCAGUUCCAGCAGCCAAAGGUCACGUUCACCAUGUCGACGGCCGGAAUCGCUGGGCGUGCAUGUGGGAAGUCGUGUGCGAAGACUGAGCGGGUCUGGCCUGGAGGAAGAACAGGAGAAUGAAGAACGCCGUGCCGCUCAGCAACUCGAGCGCCACAAGGAACUGCAGAACGUGGAGGUGAACAAGAAGGUGGACCUUUUUGAAGCCCAAAUAUCGGCUCAGACUCACAGCCGAGAGGCUAAACGAAGCCCACGGAUUUCCAGAAAAACGCCCCUGAAUUUUGUCCCUGUCCAACUUGCCAAUCUCUCCUUAAACCCAGAGGAAACCCUUGUGAGGCUGAACAAGGAUCACUCAACGGGGAUCCCCAAAGAACUGCAAAAUGGAAAGCGCUUCUCUGGCAUGGAGGAGGGGUUGCAGAUCAGCGGUGACAAGAAGAACGGGGCUGACCCAAAUACGGAAGAGGGCGGCCCACUUGAGAGCAGAUCAGCAGAAACUAAGAGCGAAGCUGACAGCUCUAACGACAAUCACUCCAGGACUUCAACAGAGUCCAACAAGUGCUCAGCAUCUUGGACUGAGACAUGUUUAACAAAGGAAGGAGCUGAGCCAAAAGAAACCCAGGCAGAGCCCGACGGGGUCAGUCUAGAGGUAGGCUCCAUCCCCUCUGUCAUUAUUACGGACCACGGCAUGGAUUUCAGUGUGGAGGGCAAGGAGCCCCAGGUUAGUCCUCAACCUUACAGAGCCCUGAGGAAGCUCUCCUCUUCUUCUGCCUCUUCAACGGGAUUCUCCUCUUCCUGGGAGGAAUCAGAAGAUGACAUUUCCAGCGACACAGAGCGGUCCCCAGCGUUCCUGCAAACACAACAGAAAGCGCAUAAAUCAUGGAAGAAGAUCAAGAACAUGGUGCACUGGUCACCAUUUGUGAUGUCCUUCAAGAAGAAGUACCCUUGGAUCCAGUUGGCUGGCCAUGCAGGCAAUUUCAAGGCAGGGGCCAAUGGUCGCAUCCUAAAGAAACACUGUGAGUGUGAGCAGCAAUGUCUCGAUAGGCUGAUGAGAGAUGUACUAAAGCCCUAUGUUCCUGCUUACCACGGAGAUGUAGAGAAGGAUGGAGAGAGGUACAAUCAGAUGGAGGACUUGCUGGCAGACUUUGACCUACCCUGUGUCAUGGACUGCAAGAUGGGCAUCAGGACGUAUCUAGAAGAGGAGCUGACAAAAGCCAGGAAGAAGCCUAGCUUAAGAGCCGACAUGUACCAAAAGAUGAUCGAGGUGGACCCUGAUGCACCCACGGCACAGGAGCACGAACAGAAAGCAGUCACUAAGCCACGCUACAUGCAGUGGAGGGAAACCAUCAGCUCCACCGCCACGCUGGGCUUCCGGAUCGAGGGAAUCAAGAAAGAGGAUGGAACAGUAAACAGGGACUUUAAAAAGACUAAGACCCGAGAACAAGUGACCGAGGCCUUCCAAGACUUUGUCAAAGGAAACGAAAACAUCCUGAAUUCCUAUCUGAACCGACUAAUAGAGGUCAAGGACACUUUGGAAAUUUCACCGUUUUUCAAAACGCACGAGGUGAUUGGCAGUUCUCUACUCUUCGUCCAUGACAAACGGGAGCAGGCAAAAGUGUGGAUGAUAGACUUCGGGAAGACUACUCCAUUGCCGGAGGGGCAGGAGCUGAGCCACAGGGCUACCUGGGUGGAGGGUAACAGAGAAGACGGCUACCUCUACGGCCUAGACCACCUCAUAGACAUUAUUUCCAAUAUGCUAACUCCUAAACCUCCACUAGAGUAAGAGGAUUCCAUCUUCUCUCCCUCCUGCACUACAGUUCAAGACCUCGCUGGGUUCCCCUAAAGCAAUCCUAACCGAUCGUACCGUCUAACCAAAACAGAAAACUAUAAAACUUCAAACAAAAAUGCCAGUCACAAUGUCCUUUAAAAAAAAAAGAGUGUGUAUGUUUGUAAACUUGUAGAUGCUGUACAUAUAGUGUAAAUGCCAGUGUUUUAGUUCAGAACAUGUGUGAAUAGGAUUUUUGCAGCUAGCGCUUUAACAGGCAGGUGAAUCUUAAAGCCACACUCCCUUAAUGUGCGUUCUUUUCAACAUGCUAGUGUUAUGGAAAAGUGUAAAGCCCUUACAGCUAUGUUUUACUCUGUGAUUUUGGUUUUAGAUGCUGCUUUUUUUACUUUACACCUAGAGAUAAUUUUUCUUUGAAACAAAAAUCUAAAUUUGGAAACUUGUAACAAUCAGAUCGACCACUAGAUGUUUGAAAUCUUUAUAUUUGCAGGAAUCUAACAACAUUGGUUGUUUUAUUGUUUUUUACCCUGUUAACAAUGUAAUUAGUGUUAAAAUACAUCAUUUAUACUUAGUGCCGUUUGUAGAACAAAUUUUUCCAUUUG